AUGGCUACAACAAUGAGUUUAUCUAACUUAUCCACAAAUAUCGAUUUAUUAUCAUCAUCAUCAGCAUCAGCAGCAGCAGCAGCAGUAGCAGCAGCAUCAUUACAUGGACAUGAUGUAACUAACCAAACAAAUAAUAGUCAUAAUUCAUUAGAUCAAUCAAUUACACCACAAUUAUUUACUCAAUUAGGAACAAUUACCUCUUCGACAAUAUCACGUGAUCCUAAUGAAUUAUGUACAAAUUUAAAUAUGGUUGAUAGACAUUUAACAAAUUCUAAUUUUUCUUCAUUUAUUCAACAACAUUCACAAUAUCCUAUAUCAAAUCAAUUAACAUCAAAUUCAUCAAAUUAUUUUACACAAUCUAAUACACAUUUAUCUACAACUAAUUGUGUCAGUAUGUUACAACAACAGCAACAGCAACAGCAACAGCAACCUCAUCAUCAUCAUCAUCAACAUCAACAUCAACAACAUUCAGAAUUGAAACGUGAUCAUUAUGAAAUGUUAGAUAUGUCAACAGAUCCAACUAAUCAAUUUGGUUUAGUACGUUCAUGGAUAGCUCAACAACAACAACAACAACAAAAUCGGCAGAAUAAUGUUAAUCAUCUUCAUCAUCCUAAUCCUCAUCAAAAUUCACCAGAAUGUUCUAAUUCACCAUCGGAUCAGUCUAAUUUUUUAAUUAAUACACCUAAUCAAUCACAUGGUUGUCUUAUGAAUUCACAAUCACAAAAUAAUAAUAAUAAUAAUCCUAAUUUUAAUCAUAUUUUAUCUAUAUCACCUAAUUCUUUGGGUAAUCAUAAUACAACUAAUAAUAAUAGUAAUACUAAUAAUAGUACAAAUAAUGGUACUCGUAAUGGUUCAAUGGUUUCUGCAUAUUCUGCAGUUGCUGCAGUACAUCAUUUAACUCAAAUGAGUAAUCAAAUGGUUGGUGCAAUAAAUGCAAGUAUAUCAUCGAAUCAGUUAGUAAAUCCUACAAGAUAUACACAUUGUACACCACGAAUGGAAGUGGCAUGGGCUCGUUUCGAGAAACAACCACCGAAUAAUUUACGUAAAAGCAAUUUUUUUCAUUUUAUUAUUGCUUUAUAUGAUCAAAAUAGACAUCCAAUUGAAGUAGAACGUGCUGCAUUUAUUGACUUCGUAGAAAAAGAUAAAGAACCGGAGGGUGAAAAAACCAACAAUGGAAUUCAUUAUCGAAUACGUUUACUAUUUGCUAAUGGUGUUCAACAAGAUCAAGAUUUAUAUAUUCGAUUGGUGGACUCAUCUACAAAACAACCUAUUGCCUAUGAAGGACAAGAUAAAAAUCCAGAAAUGUGUCGAGUACUACUUACACAUGAAGUAAUGUGUAGUCGAUGUUGUGAAAGAAAAAGUUGUGGUAAUCGAAAUGAAACACCAUCAGAUCCUGUCAUUUUAGAUAGACAUUUUCUUAAAUUCUUUAUGAAAUGUAAUCAGAACUGUUUAAAAAAUGCUGGUAAUCCACGUGAUAUGCGCCGAUUUCAAGUUGCAAUAUCAUCAACACAUGCAAUUGAACGUAAAUUACUUUGUAUAUCAGAUAAUAUGUUUGUGCAUAAUAAUUCAAAACAUGGACGUCGUAUUCGUCGAACAGACUCCAUUGAUGGUGUUUACUCAACUAUAAGUCCAGUGAUUAAAGCACUUAGUCCAAAUGAAGGAUGGGUUACAGGUGGUGAAACGAUUACUGUGAUUGGUGAGAAUUUUUUCCCCGGUCUACAAAUUGUUUUUGGAUCAACUGCUGUAUGGGGUGAAUUGAUUACACCACAUGCUCUACGUGUUAGUACACCACCAAGACAUUUAUCUGGUGUAGUUGAAGUGACAUUAGCAUUUAAAAAUAAAACAUUCUGUAAAAAUAAUCCAGGUAGAUUUGCUUAUAUUGCAAUGACAGAUCCUACAAUUGAAUAUGGUUUUCAAAGAUUAUGCAAAAUUAUUCCACGCCAUCCGGGUGAUCCAGAACGUUUACCCCGUGAAAUCAUCUUGAAACGUGCUGCAGAUUUAGCCGAAGCAUUAUAUACAAUGCCUAAUCGUGGUGGUAUUGGAUUUCGAUCACCACAUUUACAACUAGCUUCACAAUCACUACAACCAACAUCAUCAUUAUCAUCCUCUAUAUUUUGUACUAAUCAAGAAGAAACAGAAGAGAGAGCAGAAGAAGAAGAAGAACGUCAUCAACAACAUUCACAACAUCUAACAGACAGUAAUCAAAAUUUAGACAAUCGAUGUACAUCAUCUUCAAAUAAUGUUAAUAAUAACAAUAAUACUAGUCAUAUUUCAUUAUGUCCUAAUGUUUCCUCAGUGCAAAUGGGAUCAAUGAAUAGUUUUUUAGCACUAACUGGUCAAAAUGGUAUUAAUUUUUAUCCAUAUGGAAUAACAACAUCAACGACAACAUCAGCAGCAGCGCCAUCAAUUCUAUCAAAUUUAGAGUUAAAUGAACAUCGUGACAACUUAUCAGCUUUACAUGAUUCUAGAAUUAGUUUACAUAAAGCUUUUUAUACAUUUGAUAGAAAAGAUGUUGACAAUGUAAUAUCAAGCGGUUAUUGUUGUUGUACUACAACUGGUACAUCAACAACCACAACAAUGGCAACAACAACGACAACAGCACAUUUAAUCCAUUCCAAUUCUAAUUCAACAUCGAUUAUAAAUGAUGAUAUUAUUGGUAUGAGUCAAAGUAGUCCUGAAAGUGGUACAGUCACUAGUAAUAGUAGUGGUGGUCUAGAAAGUGUACAAAGUGAUAUGAAUUGUUUAGAUAAUAUAAAUCAUAAUAAUUCUCCAACAAAUUCAAAUAAUGAUGAAUUACAAAAUUCACUAAACUGUCAUCAUCAUCAUCAUCAACAACAACAACAACAAUCCCAUUCACAUCGUCAGUCACAAUUGAAUCUUCAUCGAAAUCAGCAUGGAUUUGAAGAUAUUGUCGAAGAUGAUAAUGAAGAAGGCGAUAACAACAAUAAUAAUAAUAAUACUCAUGAUCAUUUAAAUAAUCAUAGAUCAUGUUUAAUGUUAAGUAAUAAAAAGUUGAAACAGUCAAAUAUUUACACAGAAUCUAUUAACCAUAAUCAUAAUCAUCAUCAUCAUUAUCAUCAUCACCAUCCAUUGAAGAGGUUACGUUGUGAUUGGUCAAUAGAAGAGAAACAUAUGAAUGAAACUAGGCAACGACAAGAAAUAUAUGAUGUAAUAAAAAUGCCAAAUGAUUCAUUUCAAACUAUUACACGUAAUAUAGCACCAUUUUUAAGGCAUAUCAAUGAUGAAAUGAAUUAUAAUGUUAAUGUUCUACCUGAAAUGAAUUCAUCAAUAAUGAAACAUCAUGAUAAACCAUUAAUCACUACAUCUUUAAAUACAGAUUUUGCAUCGAAUUUAAAUCCUUCUUAUCAUGUAUCACAAGCAAAUAUAUUAGAUUCAAAUAAUGAUAAUUGUUUAUUGAAAUCAGUUAAUACAAAUGAAAUAACUGAGUACAAUGAACAUAGAAUUAAAACAAGUAACAAUGUCAAUCAAUCAAUUUGUCCACAAAUUACAUCCUAUUCAAAAUUUAAUAAGUCAUCAUCUCUUUAUGAACAUAAUAGAGAUCGUCAUCAGAUACCACUUUCAAAAUCAACUUGUAGAUUACCAUCAAGUGAGUUAACUUCUAUGGUUGAAAAUAAAACGACAGAUGAUAAUUCAUGGACUGGACCAUCAUAUAACUUACAGCAUUUAUCAACAUCGUUAAUUUAUCUAGCAGAUAACUAUACAGAUCAUGAUAUAGAAUCAACAUCAUCUUUAUGUUCUACAACAGAAACACUAUCUUCAAUAAAAAAUUCAAUUAACACUCCAUCAUCAUUAUCAUCUGUUAGAACAAGAACAAAUUCUGUACAAUCACCUAAUCAUGAACAUCAAAUUCAUUUGAUGCAAAGAAUAAAAUUAAAUGAAGCAUCAAAACCUAUAAAUCAUAUGUUUCAUUCAACUCCAACAUUAUCUUCACCUUUAUCUUUAUCAGGUUCCAUCUCUUCCUCCUCUUCAUCCUCCUCCUCAUCAUCAUCAACGUCAUCGGCUACGACUAUUCAUGAGUCAAUGAUAAGUAAAGAAACUGUUAUGGAUUCUUCAAGUCCAAUUAUACAAUGGUCAAAAUAACCAAGGGAUAAUCGUUAACCAAAUGAAAUGACGACAACACAUAUACAGUUCAAAGAGAAGCUACACUGUACAACAUUUAAUUUAUUUAUUACUGUUAUUAUCUUCAUUAAAUAACCCCUCAUUUUUUAAAAACAAACAAACAAACAAAUACCCUGAACAAAAUUAAUCGUCAACUGACUAAAUCAUUCAUUCAUUAUUCAUAUGUGCAUGUGGGUGUGCGUGUGUGCAAUCAACUUAAUAUCGAGAUCAAUGUAUUCUCAUCAUUUCAAUCCCAACACUGAUAUCAACAAAAAAAGGCGAGACUAUAAUUUAUGAACGAACCAAUCAGAUUUAUGACAACAGGUCUUGGAUUUCGACGCGAAAUUCUUUAUCUAUUUGACAUUAUAGCCGAUGUCAGUUCGUGAUGAAAACGCAAAAUCUAAUUCCUAACCUUAACCAUCAACUGUAAAUCACAAUUUUUAUCCUUCACACAGGUUUAAAAUCCUCAUUUAGCCCUAGUCAGUUGGUGAACAUUCUUAAGGUCACUUUGGCGUCGUCCAAAGGUCGUCCAUACAUUAUAGUCCCAUCAUAAAAAAUAUCAAUGAUAUCUAAUCAAAAAAUUUAAUCCAUACACAUUGACUUGUAGUUAAAAAGAAUCAAAAAGUUUUUUCUUUCAUAAUUACUAUGACAUAAUGAUCUUAAUUUUUGGCUUUCUUUUGUACAGUGAAUGC